AUGACCGGUGACAGACUGUCGGAAUAUAGAGGUUCCUUACCGAACAAUACCAACUGAUGCCUGAUUGAUGCCUUGCUGAUAUCAUAUGGCGAAAAGCAGCGUAUUUACUCUGCUAUUACUGCUUUUGAAACCGCACAAUCGCUUAGUAUACUCUAUAAGGUAUUUACGGUCGUAUAUAGGAUCCUAGAUAGCACACUUUUGCAAGAAUCAGAGACCUCAACCAUAUACGCUUGAUACGUACUUUCAACCCUGACUAAGCCACAUUUCCGACACAGACUCAUUUCACCGUCUCAUUUUCGCUGAAGCAGUGAUUAUCAGUCACUCCCCUCUUUUCAUCUUAAAGAUUUGACUCCUACUCAUUUUUAUCUACGUAAGUAUUACUCCUACAAAAACUCUUGUAUACAGAUGCUGAAUCCCACUUGCACAUUUGCAGUACGUCUCGUCCGCAUUACAAUGACAGUCUAUUACAACUACCACCAACCCUUUGGAUUUUUAGUUUGGCAGCUAAUCACAUUCCUCUUCGGCCUCACUGCAAUGAUUGCACAGCAUCAAUAUGACUAUCACGGAUAUUUUCUUUGGUUUCUGUUCUUGACGACUUCCAACCUCACUAUACUUUUGAACCCGACUCUCUGCGCUCUCCGGACCACCAUGAAGCUCCCUGAUGGCUCUGAAGUAAAAGUGAAAAAGCCUCUCAUUACCUUUAGAAUUUGCGAGAAGCAAACUACGGUCUUUCCGGGCGCCCUUGGUGAGGGUCUCCCCGAGGAAUGGCAAUAUGACAAGGCGUACCUAAGGAUUUAAAGAGUGU